UGGAUGAUAAGAUUGGUUCUACGAUUUGAUUCCAGUUUGAAAAUCCCAGUCAAAUGUAGGACUCGCGUCAUAAAUGGAAACCAUCUACUAGACUAUGUUUUUAAUAUACAAAAACAACAGCUAAAUAAUUGUGGUACAUUGAACGACGCCGAUAUUCCGCUAAAUAGUCGCACUGUAACAGAGUUACCGACUCAGUGACCCAAUUUAUUGUGGUUCAUUGAACGGCGCCAAUAUUUCCACAGAGCCGCUUAUGCCUAGAGCUGCCGGCUCAGUGCCUCUAUCUAUUGAUCGCAAGGAGGACGCCGUAUUCUGGUAGGACAUACAGCUCUGGUGACCGAUAUACGAGUCCCUACAGCUCUGGUGACCUCGUUGCAAGCAUGACCGAGGCUCUGGCAUGGGCGGACUACCUCACGGUGGCACUUUACUUCGCCCUGGUGCUCGUCGUCGGGCUCUGCUCUACGUGCAACAAAAAUCGAGGGACGACGCAUGGAUACUUCUUGGCUGGACAGAGCAUGACGUGGUUUCCGGUGGGUGCCUCAAUCUACUCGAGUAACGUGGGGUCGGCCAUGUUUGUUGGGCUGGCGGGCACUGCGGCCAUCAGCGGCAUAGCGGUCACAAUCUACGAAUGGCAUGCCGUCUACAUCCUGAUUUCCCUGGGCUGGAUAUUUGUCCCCGUCUACAUGGCAAGUGGGGCAUACACCAUCCCCGAGUAUCUGCGGUUGCGGUUUGGAGGACGGCGUAUACAGAUGCUCACCUCGGGAAUGCUGCUUCUCCAGUACAUCUUCCGGAACAUCAGCGGCGAGAUCUACUGCGUGGCGGUGUUCAUGCAGCUGAUCCUGGGCUGGAGCGUCUACCUCAGCGUCGGCGUUAUGCUGGCUAUCGUCGCCGUCUACACCGUCGUCGGUGGCUUACGGGCGGUCAUUUUCACGGACACGCUGCAAACGGUGGUCAUGAUUGCUGGCGCUGUCACUGUUGCAGUCAUGGCGACGUCACGAGUGGGCGACUGGGCGACACUCAAGGCUCUCUACAUGUCGUCUGCCGCAAACAACACGCUGCAUGACCCGGUGCUAUACGCAUGCGCACUACCGCGCAAUGACUCCUUUCACAUCUUCCGAGACCCGGUAUCAGGCGACAUUCCGUGGACUGGUUCUACCCUGGGGCUCACUGUGUUGGCGCUGUUCGUCUGGUGCCAGGACCAGCUCAUCGUACAGCGCUGUCUGUCUGCCCGGGACCUGACACACGCCAAGGGCGGCACCCUGCUAGCCGCGGCUCUCAAGUUCCUCAGUCUCCCCAUGUUCGUACUGCCAGGUUUAGUCAGCAGGGUUCUCUUCCCAGACGAGGUGGCGUGUGGACGGCCGGAAGACUGUCUGCGUGUCUGUGGGAUGGAGUCGGGCUGCUCUAGCAUUGCCUAUCCACUACUCGUGCUUCGGGUGCUGCCUUUAGGUGUCCGAGGUCUUAUGUUGGCGGCAUUGAUGGCUGGAAUGAUGAGCACCCUCACAUCCAUUUUCAAUAGCGCCAGCUCCAUCGUCACGAUGGACAUAUGGUUGCACUUCCGGAAAAGUGCCACUCAGCGAGAACUCAUGGUGGUGGGUCGCAUUGCGGUCAUGGCGAUGGUGGCGGUCAGUAUACUGUGGCUUCCGGUACUGCAGGCGCAGGAGGGCGGCGUGUUGUGGUUCUACCUGGCGGCGGUGGUCGCAUAUCUUGCGGUGCCCUGGUGUGUGGCAUUCGUGCUCGGCAUUUUCUGGCGGCGUUUGACAGAACCGGCAGCGUUUUACGGUAUGGUUAUCGGUUUGCUGGUCGGCCUGACACGGAUGGGUCUGGACUUCGUGGCUCCCCCGCCUGUGUGUGGCAGCGGGGAACCAGACAGGCGACUCAGCGUGACCGCAAGGGUGGACUUCUUGCAUUUUACCGUCAUCAACACCAUCAUCUGCACCGGCGCCAUGGUCAUCAUCAGCUGCCUCACCAAACCGAGAUCCGCUGAUCAAUUAAAACGAGUCACGUGGUGGACACGUCACGACAAGGAAGAAGCAUGUCAGGGUCAUGGCGAUGACGUCACAGGGAUAGACAGUCAGGCUGGAGACACCCAUGCAGGCCCGAGUGGGGAGGGUCUCGAGCGGACCGCGCCUGUCAUAAUUGUGGACGACAGCCAUCCUUGUGACGCCACGAGCUGCAGACGUUGGUUGUGCGCAUGGGCUUGUGGCAUAGCAGCAGACGACAGGACCGUCUCCAGCGAGCAAAGGGCGCAUAUCCACGCGCAGACGACUUCAAUAGAAGAAAAGGCGUCCAUAAAAACGUUGAUGAAUAUAAUUGCAAUUAUACUUAUGCUUGCGAUCACUUUCCUUUUAGGGUAUUUUGCUUGAAAAGAUGCCUUGUUUGUAAAAUCAUACACAUUUUGCUCAUGCAAUUGCAAUGAACUUUUCUGUAAAUAAAAUAAAAUAUUUUCGGAAAACGUA